AUGGAACUAUACGCUGUACUGAUUAUGCUGAUGAUCUUCCUGCAGGCAGAGACAAGAGUCUCUCUCGAGCAGAUAAAAGAGGCGAGGGAUGCUGAGUUCGGAGAAGGCUCUGGGAAAGUGUGCAUAAACCCUGCGGGCCCACUGAAUCUUUUGCACGGCUACUUAUACGCAAUAAACGGCUUUAUGCAAAACAAGAGGCUGUUUUCCCCGUGGGUGGAUAUAAACUACAGCCUAACCACAGAAGUACACCCGAGCAUAGCAAGAUACAACCACGUAUACGAGAGAAAUGAGCGUAAAGACAGGGCGUACCAGCCUCUCGACCAAAAGAGCCAAGCAGAAAAGUAUUUGAGCGAGUACCACAAAAGGCUUAUAAUUAUGUUUCCAUCGUGCGACGGGGUUCUUUCGAUUGAGUCCGGGUGCAAGGACUCUUUUUCAGGCUUCCUCCGGAAGGAUGCAACUGGGAAGCAGGCCAGCUACAUUCUGGCCUCUCUUCUUCUGUUGAGUGAAGGCGUUUCCUUAGACAUCGAGUGCACGAAAGAAGAAAUUUCCCUGAAAAAAGCCGAUGGCACGUGCUUAUUCAGCGCCGAGCCUGUGCUCAUGCACCACCCUCAAGGAGCACAGGAUCCCGAGACAGUCACGCAGUACAACGCAAUUGACGUUAUAAAGUUCUUCAAAAAGAGUAAACGCAGGAAAAGCCUUCCCUCGACUCUGGAGGAGUACAGGAGAGGGGAUUUCCUGAACAGUACGCAGUUCCUCAUACAAACGUACAUUUUCGAGUAUCUAGAGAGCACUGGCGGAAUACAGGAUCUAGCUGCAUGCACGCACGAAAUACUGCAGGACCAGAUGGAUGCCGUUAGAAAGGAGGCAGAACAAAAUGCGGAAAAUCUUGCAGAAGUUUUCAAAAGGAUUUUCUGCAGUUCCCUGGGGGCGUGCAAGGACGGCUUUGAAGAAAUUAAAAAUAUUUCGGCUCUGGAGAGAGCGAAUUCUUCACUUCCAUUUUCCAGCUCUGCCCCGCCCUCAGAAAACACGACGAUAGAAGUCCACAUAAAAACAGAGGAGACAGCGCCUUCGAAAAAAGCGAAAACAUUCAGCAACUGCGUAGAGAAUGCGAUAUACAACUUAGUGCGCUGUCUCCUAUACAAAAAGAGAACGGGGAUGUACUGCCUGGAGAAAAUGGAGCAAGCCACGCCCGAGUUCAAGCACUUCUUCAAGCAGAUCAACCGCUCUCCAUUCGAUCUUGUUGACCUCGAGAUGCACAGAAGGUGGAACCAUGUCGUCUCCAACCUAAAGCAUCCGCGAAUAUCGUAUCUCAUGGAUGGAAAAAACGAGCUCGGCGUGGGCAUCCUGAACAUGCUUUUGGUCAUUGCCGAAAUAACAGGGCGAAUGUCCGCGGAAGAAGCUGCUAUACUGAAGUUCAUGGAUGAAAUAGAGGGAAGUCCCACUCCAGGCCCGAAUUUUUUCCUGGACCUGAAAAAGUACGCGGAAAAUUUUCUGUCUGAAAUAGCUGCAAACACGGAGAUCAGGGUAGAGUGCAAAGACCUGGAAAAGAAGGUUUUGAACGGGAGAAAAAACGACGUCAUUGGGAAUGUGUGCUUAGUAGACACGGCGGUGGAACCCCCCCAGGAAGUCCGCAUUUCCUUCUCAUUGAAGCAUGCGAAAGCGGUGCUUUUAGACAGUAAACCCACCCUGACAAAAGAAGAUGUUCUGAGGCUGGAGGCGUGGAAGGAGGAAUUCCAAAAGAGGGCGGACUUCCUGGGGUAUAUGGCAGAGAAGCACGUAGACAGCAUCCUCUACAGCAACUCCUGCGAGACCAGAAAAUCUCUUCUAGAGGCUGUAAAAAUGGCAGCGAGUACACAGGGGGAGGAAAUCGACAGAAUAUUCGUCUCCAAGAAAAUAUGCGGAAAUGGGUGCAAAUACGCGCUUAUACUCUACUCCCUGUGCUGCGCUAUAAAAAGUGGGGGAGAAAUUUCCUCUGCUCAUCCGAUCGCUUGCCUGGUCUCAAACACGCUGGGAAGCAUGCGCAUAGACAACCUCCGCCUGCAGAAGAUGCUAUUCCCCAUCAUAGUUUACUCGCAGGCCCAUAAAAGCACACUCCCGAAGAUAACAAUUCCAGAGAGUGACUAUGUGUUUGUGAUGUCGGAGGGGUACAUGCACUGCAGCAUUCUGGGGCUUGUCCUGGAGACGGAAUGUGCUGAAAUUGUGCUAAGAAUCAUAGAGAAAGAGCUAAGCAAAAGCAAAUCGACCGUCUUUCCGGUGCUGUCAAUUUUGGGGAACGAGCAUAAUAUGGAGCAGAUAUUCAAUGUGUUUUUCCAGGGAGAUGCGGUGGAGUACGCGGACGCGCUUAAAAACAUGCUUGAAGGACAUAGCGAAUGGGGGAGAGUGCUCAGCAAGUACGUCAACAUUCUGUGGUUUAUUCUUGCGUGCAGGCUGAGGAGUGAAGACUUCUCUUUCGUUAAGAUCGUAUAUGCGCGGAUAGACGAACUUCCAAAAGAAUUUUUAUACUCUUUCUGGGAGGUCCUCAGAAAGAACGCAAAAGACACGAUGGCCUUCAUGAAGAAGAACAAGCAGAAGCUAAUAGACGCCUUCAAAUCCCAAAGUGCGGAAGAUAUCUACCCAGCGAGAGAAUUCUUCCUAGAAAGAAAAAGCCAGGGAUGGAAAAAUUAUAAGAAGCUGUACAGGUUCCUUCGAAAAAAAGACGGUGGUUCCACAUGGGCGAAUAGACUCCAUAUUUCUUGCCUUGGCGAAUAA